UUGAACAUUACCUUGUGCCUGAAUUUGGCUUACAAUGAGUGAUUUUUUAAAUUUCAGGUGGGCAUUUGAUUGUUCUUUGACAGGAAAAAUACCUGAUUUCAUUGGGAAUUGGACCAAUCUUACAACGUUGAAAUUUGGGGGAAACUCUUUUGAAGGUCCUAUACCAGCCAGUUUUUCUAACUUGACCUCAUUGACCACAUUGCAAAUCACUGAUAUAAACAAUGUGAGCUCAUCGCUCGAUUUCAUAAAGAAUAUGAAGAACUUAAUUAUUUUGUCUCUAAGAAAUUCUCUGAUCUAUGGUAGCAUUCCAUCUGAUAUUGGAGAAUAUCAAAGUUUACAGACUCUGGAUUUGAGUUUCAACAACUUAAUUGGUCAAAUCCCAAGUGCUUUGUUCAGUAUUGAUUCUCUUACUCACUUGUUUUUGGGAAACAAUAGUCUGUCAGGAAUCCUUCCUCAACAAAAAGCUCUACAUCUUCAGAGCAUAGAUUUAUCUUACAAUUAUCUAUCAGGAACUUUGCCCUCGUGGGCUACAGGUUUACAACAGCUGAAUCUAGUGGGCAACAAUUUCACAUUUGAUAGCUCAAAUAUCAGUAUUCUCCCUGGAUUGAACUGUCUUCAGAGAAACUUCCCCUGCAAUAGGAAUGCUCCACGCUAUUCAAGUUUUGCAAUCAAGUGUGGUGGUGGUGUUGCGCUGAAAGUUGAUAAGGUAGUGUACGAGGCUGAUGACUAUGAUCUUGGUGGAGCUUCUUUUGUUGUACUUGAUACAGAAAAAUGGGCAGUUAGUGAUGCAGGUUGGUUUCCUGAUGGACAAUCUAAUACCCAUGUUCAAAAUACUGGCUCUCAAGUGACUGGCACCACAAACCCGGAGCUUUAUCGCAUUUCAAGGCAAUCCCCUGGAUCACUUAGAUACUAUGGACUUAGUCUUGAGAAUGGACCUUACAAUGUGAGCUUGUCCUUUGCUGAGACAGUUUUUGGUGAUCAAGGCUCACUAACAUGGAAGAGUCGUGGAAGGCGUGUUUUUGAUAUCUAUAUUCAGGGAACCCUCUGGUCAAAGGAUUUUGACAUAUCAAAGAAGGCAGGUGGGGAUAGAAGAGCAACUACAGAGAAAUUUAAUGCUAUGGUAACCGAGAACUAUCUUGAAAUUCACCUAUUUUGGGCUGGUAAAGGGACCUGCUGCAUCCCUACUGGAGGUAGCUAUGGGCCAUUAAUUUCAGGUCUUAGUGUUAUUCCAGAUUUCAUACCAACUGUUGGUAUUGCACGAAAGAAGAACCAGACUUGGCUGAUUGUUGGUAUUGCCAUGGCUCUCGGAAUUUUGGGCUUGAUACUGAUAUUUUUAAUUUUUUACAUGAGGAUAAAAAGAGGCAAUGAUGAUGCAGAAGUGUUACUUGGAAUAGGUCCUAAACCAAAAAUUUUCAGUUAUGCUGAGUUGAGAUCUGCAACAAAAAACUUCAACCCUCCAAAUAAGCUAGGUGAGGGAGGAUUUGGACCUGUGUACAAGGGUACGCUUUCUGAUGGAAGGGUGAUAGCUGUGAAGCAACUUUCACUUGGAUCCCACCAAGGGAAAAAUCAGUUUGUUAAUGAGAUUGCUACCAUAACUGCAGUACAACAUCGCAAUCUUGUGAAAUUGCAUGGUUGCUGCAUCGAGGGAACUAGGCUCCUCCUUGUUUAUGAAUACCUUGAAAACAAAAGCCUUGAUCAAGUAUUGUUUGGAAAAAGGGAUUUGCAUCUUGAUUGGCCUACUCGGUUCAAUAUAUGCUUGGGAACUGCGAGAGGUCUAGCAUAUCUUCACGAGGAUUCAAGGCCAAAGAUUGUACAUCGAGAUGUCAAAGCAAGUAAUAUUUUACUCGAUGCAAAACUCUGCCCCAAGAUAUCAGAUUUUGGUUUGGCAAAGUUGUAUGAUGACACGAGAACUCACAUCAGCACAAGAGUUGCAGGGACCAUUGGUUAUCUGGCACCGGAGUAUGCAAUGCGUGGACACUUGACAGAAAAGGCCGAUGUGUUCAGUUUUGGUGUUGUUGCUUUGGAGAUUAUCAGUGGAAGAGCAAACUCUGAUAGUAACUUGGAUAGUGAAAAGAUUUAUCUUCUUGAAUGGGCCUGGAGUCUUCAUGAAAGUAACCGAAGUUUGGGGUUGAUAGAUCCCCAGUUAACAGAGCUUAAUGAAAUCGAAGCUCUUCGAGUAAUAGCAGUGGCUCUGUUGUGCACACAAGCAUCACCAGCAUUACGGCCACCAAUGUCACGCGUUCUUAGCAUGCUCACUGGAGACAUAGAAGUGGGAACUGUUACUUCAAAGCCAAGUUAUUUGACUGAUUGGGAUUUUCAGGAUACGACAAACUGCUUUCUUAACGAAGAUUUUGAUACAUCCACAUCUGCAAGAAGUUAUAGCAAAAAGAAUAGCCAAUCUGAGAAUGCAACUGAUCUUAGUUCUGGAGUCGACCCACUGCUCACUCCUGUAAACGUCACUCGGUGCAGUGAGAUAAUUGCAGAGGGGAGGUGAGAAAUUUCUUGACUCACUGAAAUCAAGUGAAUAGUAUUGCUCCUUCUGCCAACUAUAAACCAUGCAAAACUAUUCAACUUAUUGAUGUUGGCAGCAUUUUCAAAGUCGAAACUAUUGUAGAACUUAUAAUGGUGUGAAGCUAUAGUUGUAUACUGACAAUAUUCGACGAUGAAUUUGAAGAGCAUCCUGCUAGAUGUAAAGAGAAAAUUUUACCAUAUUUCUUGUUCUUUUUAUAUGUCAACUGGAGUUAGCUUUAAUUAAAACUUAUGGAUAUGGGAAAAUAUAGCAAUUUCAUAUGAUUCUUGAGGUCAUUUAA